AUAGGAAAGGCCUCGCGCAUGCAAAAACCAGGCAAAUCACUCCAGCCUCCAGAAGGCAAGUCUCUGGCACGUCGCUCGGCAGUUUCGUCGAAUCCCUCCGGACGGCAGCUUCGAACCUCGAGACCGAGACGAGUCGAGCUGACACUUCUGGGCUGGAGGCUUCCGCUUGAACCCCUGACUCCUUCCCUCCAUAAGACUGGAACUGGACAUCUGAAAAUUUGAAACAAAAUGGAGCACACAUUCCGAGCAGUCACUAACAACCCGGGACUAAUCAUCUGGCGGAUUGAGAAAAUGGAGCUGGUUCAGGUCCCGGAGAAGUCCCAUGGGAAUUUCUUUGAAGGAGACUGCUACGUAUUACUCUCUACCAAUAAAGUUGGCAUCUCGUCGUCUCAACACAUUCACUACUGGAUCGGGUCCCAGGCCAGCCAGGACGAGCAGGGAGCGGCCGCCCUCUACACCGUGCAGCUGGACGAGUACCUCGGCUGUGUGCCCAUCCAGCACCGGGAGGUCCAGAACCACGAAUCGGACCGCUUCCGUGGAUACUUUAAGCAAGGCGUCAUCUACAAGAAGGGCGGGAUUUCCUCUGGCAUGAAGCACACGGAGACAAACAGCUACGACAUCAAACGGCUUCUGCACGUGAAAGGGAAGAAGAGAGUCACGGCCAUGGAGGUGGAGUUGAGCUGGAAGAGCUUCAAUCUCGGCGAUGUCUUUCUUCUGGACACCGGAAAGGUCAUCGUUCAGUGGAAUGGACCAAACAGCAACAAGCAAGAGAGGCUAAAGGGGAUGAUUCUGGCAAAGGACAUCCGGGACCGAGAGCGAGGGGGCCGGGCGGAGGUCGGGGUGGUCGAGGGCGACGCCGAGGAAAACUCCCCCAAGCUGAUGGAAAUGCUGACCAGCGUCCUCGGCGAGCGGGCCAAUGCGCUGCCUGCGGGGACUCCAGAUGAGGCCACGGACCAGGAGCAGAAGGCCCAGCUCACUCUUUAUCAUGUGUCUGAUGCCAAUGGUCAGAUGAAAGUCACCGAGAUUGCCACCCGACCCUUGGUUCAGGACUUGCUAAAUCAUGAUGACUGCUACUUCCUGGAUCAGGGAGGCGUGAAGAUCUUCGUGUGGAAAGGGAAGAAGGCAAACAAAGCCGAGAGACAGGCAGCCAUGUCCAGAGCUAUGGAGUUCAUGAGGAUGAAGAACUACCCGACCACCACAAAUCUGGAGAUGGUGAACGACGGGGGCGAGUCCACGCUCUUUAAGCAGCUGUUCCAGAGCUGGAGGGUGAAGGAGCAGACUGCAGGAAUGGGCAGGACUCACACCGUGGGCAAAGUUGCCAAGGUCUCCCAGGAGAAGUUUGAUAUCACGCAGAUACAUGCCAUGCCAGAGGUCGCAGCUAAGGAGCGCGUUGUUGAUGACGGUUCUGGAGAGGUGGAGGUGUGGCGGAUCGAGGACCUGGAGCUAGCCCCUGUUGACCUGGAGACGUACGGCUACUUCUACGGCGGAGACUGUUACCUGAUCCUUUACACCUACGAGGUCUACAACAAGAAGCGAUACCUCCUGUACACCUGGCAGGGCCGCCAUGCUUCUCAGGACGAGGUGACGGCCAUGGCCUUCCAGGCGGUCGCCGUGGACGAGCGGCACGGCGGCGAGCCCGUGCAGGUGCGGGUCACCAUGGGGAAGGAGCCGCGGCACUUCAUGUCGAUGUUCAAGGGCAAGAUGGUCAUAUUUGAGGGCGGCACCUCCAGAAAGGGCGGGUCGGCACCAGAGCCUCCGGUCCGCUUGUUCCAGGUCAGGGGCUCGGAGCCGAGCAACACCAAGGCCAUCGAGGUUCCGGCGAUGGCCUCCUCGCUGAACUCCAAUGACAUAUUCCUGCUGCACAGCGACAGCGCCAGAUACAUUUGGUGUGGGAAGGGCUGCAGUGGGGAUGAGCGGGCUAUGGCCAAGGAGCUGAGCGCUGCCAUUGGCAAAGGCUCUGAGGAGAUUGUGCCUGAGGGGAUGGAACCUGUGGAGUUCUGGAGCCUUCUCGGCGGGAAGGCACCUUACGCCAAUGACAAGAGGUUACAGCAAGAGGUGUUGGAUCACCAGCCCCGCCUCUUUGAGUGCUCCAAUAAGACGGGCCGAUUCAUUGUCACUGAGGUGACACAUUUCACCCAGGACGACCUCAGUGAGGAUGAUGUCAUGCUUUUGGACACGUGGGAUCAGGUCUUUCUGUGGAUCGGAAACGAGGCCAGAGAGGAGGAACGCAAAGAGGCGGUGGCGACCAGUCAGGAGUACCUGCGCACCCACCCGGGCUCCAGGGACCCCGACACCUCCAUCAUCGUCAUCAAGCAAGGGUUCGAGCCGCCCACGUUCACCGGCUGGUUCACCGCAUGGGACUCUUCAAAGUGGAGCGAGGGAAAGACGUAUGAGCAACUGAAGCAAGAGCUGGGGGACAUAGCGUCUGUUUCCACAGUCACAGUUGAUGAAAAUGGGAGUUCUGAGACAGAGGUUGCUGAGGCUCAGGAGGAUUUUCAGACUUAUCCCCCUGAAGAUCUGCUCAAUAAACUGGCCCAUGAGCUUCCCGAGGGUGUGGACCCUGCCCGCAAAGAGAAAUAUUUGUCAGACGAGGACUUCUGUGACGUGUUCGGAAUCACCAAAGAUGAAUUUUUCAGUCUGCCUCAGUGGAAGCAGCUGAACAUGAAGAAAAGCAAAGGCCUCUUUUAAGAGGAGAAUUCCAUUGUGUAUUUCAUUUAUAUUUUUUACUUAUUUUGCUAAAUAUUUUUAAAUCAUGUUUCAAAAAAAUGUUUGGAUUAUAAAAAUAGCUUUCCUGCCUGACCUCUCCUAAAUAUAUGUCUAUUUAUCAAAGCUCAUGUGUAAUAAACACUAAUUUGUUUAGCCUAUGCAUUUGUUUGACUCAGGGCAAUGAAAAGUUACAGGUGUUGAUUCUGUACCCUGUUUUGUGCUUUACAAAUAUCCAUAGAUCCUCAGAAUUGCACAGCACCAUUAGAAAUGUAAAGUGAAUAUUGUGUUAUAAAAUAUGAAUAAAAUAUCAAGGAAACAAACGGGGAGCUGAAACCAUCUGUCAAUGUCUGCAAACAA